AUGAGCAUCUCCAUCUCCACACGCAACAUUUCUGAAGCAUCACAUUUCCAACAAUCACCCGCUCACGGCUCCUUUACUAACUUUGCUCACUUACCGGUCGAAUUACGACUACGAAUAUGGCACCAUGCAAUCUCUGUGCGGCGCAUUGUGGAAAUGGAAAAGAUCCCUAGUUGGGACUCAUCCUCCCCAGAAGACGAAGAUGAAGACGAAUUACAUACCCCACCAGAUCGCUGGCACUACACCAUAAAGAAUCUCCCACCUCUCCUCUCCACCUGUUCCGAAUCACGUCAAGAAGUAUUAAAGGCCUGCAGAGGCAACCCCAAACAACCAGACUCUCAGGGUCAGCCUGCGCCGGCGUGGAUUCGCUUCGACUACGAUAUUCUCCACCUCAAAGCGCGAACAUGGUACGAUAAUUACGGACGCGCGACAGGACAUCGCUGGUACGAAAGUGACAUCCGGGACUCGAAGAAGGGCGAGAGAAGCCCAGGGAGGAAUAGUCCUAUGCGGGAUUACUUCAAGAAUAUACAGACACUCGCAAUCAACCGGGAACUAUGUUUCAUGACCAUGGACCGCGAAGCUUCCAUCAUCCGACAAUUCUUCCCCAAUCUCAAGCUCCUCAUAAUCUUGAUCGAACACACCGUCGACAUCGGCCGAAAACGAUGCCAGAUGUGGAAAAUCCACGAACAGAAACUAGCUGCUGGCGAGUCCAGCGAUGUCGACCCGGAGUACUUGAAAUGGGCCUUCACAACCGCCAGCACAGGACCCUUCACACCGGUUUCCUCGCUCUACCAGCAGAGCAUUGAGAGAAGGAUGAGGCGUGGCCUGGAGAAGGAGGAGAAGAGAUUCGGACGGAAACAUUACGUGGCGCCACAGGUUGUCGUCAUGGGUUGUUCUCUACCACCUGGCUUGGAAAUAGCUGCAUGUGGGCGGAUGACUGCGCGGGGUUUGGAUGAAUGA